CCAUUUUUUUCCCAACAAUUAGCUGUGAAUUUCAACUUAUGUGUCAUCUUCAAGUUCUCUCUCUCACUCAUGAUAAACCAAUAGGAACCCUUCUUCAUCAGCUAUUUGUAAUGCAGCAAUAGAAUGGAUGUUCAAAUGCACGAGAAGCUCUAUUUCCUCUCAUCAUUAUCAUCAUCAUCUCUCAACAUGUUUUCCCCACAUAUCUGCACAUCACUUCUCUUCAUUUACGUAGCAACUUUUGCCUCUGCAGCCACUCAUCUCCCUCCUGAUGAAGUGGAAGCUUUGAAGCAAAUUGGAAAGACAUUGGGAAAGAAGGAGAACUUCAGUGGAGAAGCAGAUCCAUGCAGGUGGGCUGAAGGGACUGAGAAUAAUGUCACCUGUGUAUUGCUCCUCCACCAUCUUGUUGGAUAUACCUCCUUAUUGAACUGUGAGACCCAACUAAUUUUGAAAAAAGAGUUUAAUUUGAUUUAGUCACAUUACUAUGAUGUAUGUCUUUCUCUUCCCUCUCACCCUUUUCAUACUUUUUAAAUUUUAUUAUUUUAUUUUA